AUGUCUUCUACGGCCCCACUUCCCUUGGGAGACUUCUCCAAGAUCCCUACUAUCCCAGGUGUUUCCCCAAUGACAGAAUCGCAACAGAAAGAGUCCUUCUGGUCGUCGAACCCAAUAUUCAGCUACUUGAACAACGUAUACAACAAUGUUCAUGCUCACAGACAGUCGUUGGCGUUGACUAACCCAGGUACAAUCGAAAACUUGAACAAAGAAGUGUCCAGAGACGUUUUGGUGGGCCAAUAUUUCUUCACCGGUUUGAGAGCGGAUCUAAAUAAGGCGUUUUCCAUGAACCCUGCAUUCCAGACUUCGCAUACACUUUCGCUAGGGUCUGCCAAUCUGCCCAGCUAUGCAUUUUCUGCUUUGUUUGCGAACGACAACAUGUUCAUUCAAGGUAACGUUGAUAACGAGCUCAGCGUAUCUGGAAGACUCAACUACGGAUGGGACAAGAACAACAUCACCAAGGCCACUUUGCAAUUUGCUCAGGGCCAACCCAGCAUGUGUCAGCUUGAACAGGAUUACCAGGGCUCUGACUUUUCAUUGAACUUCAAGUCUCUUAACCCAUCCAUUUCCUCUAAGGGUGUGUUUUCCGGUGUCGCUGUGGGCUCCAUCCUCCAAAGCGUUACCCCUCAAUUUUCUUUGGGUCUUGAAACCAUUUUCAGCAGAGGUCAAGCCGGUAUGCCUGCUGACGCAGCCGUCUCCUAUGUGACCCGUUACGUGGCUCCAAAGCAAAACUGGAUCUUUUCCGGUCAAUUGCAAGCCAAUGGUGCUCUUGUUGCCUCUUUUUGGCGUAAAGUUGCCGAAAACGUUGAGGCAGGUCUAGAAACCAGUCUCCAAGCAGGAAUGGCUCCAAUUGCCGAUCCUGUCAUCGGCACUCCUAUUGGCAUCCAACCCAUAAUUGAAGGUGCUACCACUUUGGGUUGCAAAUAUGAAUACAGACAAUCGGUUUUCCGUGGUUCUUUGGACUCCACAGGUAAAGUGAGCUGUUUCUUGGAAAGAAAGAUUUUGCCUACUCUUUCCGUACUCUUCUGUGGUGAAAUCGAUCACUUCAAACAAGAAAGUAAACUAGGAUGUGGUUUGCAGUUUGAAACUGCUGGCAGCGAAGAACUGCUAAUGCUACAGCAGGGUCUAGACCCAAAUGGUAACCCCUUACAAGCUCCCGUCCAAGUCUAA